CCAGCCUGGAAAGGGAGGGGAAAACAAUCCAGCCGAUAAGGAAAGGCCGAUAAUCGACAGUCGAGCUGUGAUUGGUUGGGAUUUUCCUUUAGGUGGCUGGGGGGAGGCUGGGGGGAAGAAAUCCAGAGACUUUCAUUGGAUGAUCGGAUGUUCCUGCAUCGUCAUGCCCCACUAUCUGGUGAUGGUCGGACCCACUUGCGAUACCAUACGAUACCGCUUUCAAUACCAGAAUGACAUACAGAAAGUUUAUUGGUAUUUUAAUUGGUUUCCUGUAAUUUCCAUUUGUUUUGGUACUGUACUCCAUACGUACCGUAUAUCCUUCAUAUGCUCGUCAGUACCUGUAGGUACGGAGUACUACUGGAAGAGAUUAUAAUAAGAGAAAGGACUUGUGGCUAAUGUGCUUAAUUCUGCUGCCUGUUUCAUCAGCUUC